GUCGACACUCAAAGCCUGGGGAAGUACGUCGAAACCCGGGCCCUAUGCCCUCUCUCUCAUAUCGGGGAUCUAUCUCGCCCUCUCUCAAGUAAAAUUGCACAAUACCACUACUAACACCGCCUCUUCCCCCGCGAAACAGCAUCAUCCAUGGCACCCACAGGCCUCGCAACCCUCAUCACGGCGCUGCACUUCCGCCCCUUGCAGGUCCGGCCGAUGCUCUUCGUCCCGAUCCUCAUCUUCAGCUCCUACGCGAACCUCCAGAGCUUCAAGAUUGACAGCGCGGGCAUCACCGCCGCCGCGAGCGGGACCUACGCCCUGCUCGCCCUGCGCAGGAAGCAGCCCGGCUCCUCGCUUUUCGGCACCACGCUGACCGUGAGGGGGGGCGUGCGCGCCGCGGCCAUCGGCUUGGCCGUCAUGAACACCCUCGCCGGGGCGUGGGUCUACGCCACGGGGGACAGGGAGGCCGAGAAGCGGGAGCGGAAGGAGCAUCCGCGGUGGACGGAGGAUAAGUGAGAUGGCCCCAAUUCUGUCUGACUGGCGGAGUAGGGGAGGUUCAUCGAGGAGCAGGCCCGGAGCAGUGAGUGAGCAUGUCGAUCGUCACGGGCGGUCCGCGCCGUGUCGCUCUCAACGAGCCCCGGCGGACACCGUGCCUUAUCCAGGAAUGGUUCCCGGAAAGCGCCUACGUCCCGAGGCACUUGUUCAUGGUUACGAGGGCAUCCCCGUGUGGCCCCCUAUUUCAGUGCUGCGGUUUGGCACCUGUAUUAUAUAUAUGUACAACUAAGACUAUACGCCUGCGGCACACGUCGAUAUAGGAAUAAUAACACAUUCCGCUUGGAGCGAUGAGUCUUGCGCGCGAUUAGCAAAGGAACCUAGAUCGUAGUUCGGGCAGAAGAGGCAGAUGACAUUAGGGAUGGCACGUCACUGUAUGCAGUCCAUGGCCACAG